UCCGUGCGUUGGUAAACCGGAAGCAGUUGAGUUCGUCAUUCGCUGGAUCCAGUGUCAAAUACAAGCAGCAUGGCUCUUCAUCGACUUUUCCAGCUGUCAUCCCUCUUUCGCUCAGCUGUGACGGUGACCCUGCGCAGGAACAUCGGUCUGUCCGCCGUCCUCUUCAACAAGGCUAAAGAUCUGGACCCCGUGCAGAAACUCUUCCUGGAUAAGAUCCGGGAGUACAACACCAAGACCAAGGCUUCAGGUGGUGUGGUCGAAGCUGGUCCAGCCUACCAGAAGAACCUGACAGAGGAGAUUACCAAACUGCAGAGGUUAUAUGGUGGUGGAGAUCUAACUAAAUUCCCAGAUUUCAAAUUCCCAGAUCCCAAGCUGGAGGAGGUGGCAACAAAAUAAACACCAUCACAUCUGUAAUAUACAAAGCUGUCUGAAGUGAAUGUUUAAUAAAUGAUGUUAGUUUAAAAAUG